CAAACGCCUUGUCAACGACGUAGAAGUUUGACAGGUCAUUUUUAUUCACAUUGAAAUCGGGAGCACACGACCCACCUUUUUUCUGUGUUUUUUUCCUGGGGAAUUCAACUUUGACAUAUUUUCUUUGUUUGGUUAUACGAUCCCUUUCCUGCGGUAUGAGGAAUAAUUUGAGCUCAUAGUGUUGCAUUCCCCCUGUCCCCCUUUCGAUACAUUCUUUUGUGUUUUAGUCUCGUAUCCUAAGGAGUACAAAUAUGUCGAGAGGACCAGAAGAAGCUAACAAGCUGACGGAAAGUACAUAUAAGAAUGUGAUGGACCAAUUCAACCCUGGCCUCAGGAACCUGGUCAACCUGGGGAAGAGCUAUGAGAAAUCUGUGGCUGCGAUGUCCUUGGCGGGAAAGAUGUAUUUUGAUGCAGUGUCUAAGAUUGGGGAGAAUGCUGCUGUUUCGCCUGCGUCAAGAGAACUUGGUGCGGUGCUAAUGGAGAUCUCUGAUGUGCACAAGAAGGUGCAUCUAGAGCUGGAGGAGAAUUUCAAGAGGUUCCACCGAGAAAUAAUAUCUGAGCUGGAGAAAAAGACUGACCUGGACGUCAAAUACAUGACCGCCACGUAUAAGAGGUACCAGAUGGAGCACAAGAUGAAGCAGGACUCGCUGGAGCGCUCUCAGUCAGAGCUGAAAAAGCUGAGGAGAAAGAGCCAGGGCAAGAACGCCAACAAGUACGAGAGCAAGGAGAAUGAGUGCCUGGAGACGCUGGGCAGCCGCCAGCUGGACAUGCAGAACUUCAUGGCAGACGGCUGUAUGGAAGCCCUCCUGGAGGAGAAGAGACGCUACUGCUUCCUGGUGGACAAACAUUGUACCUUCUCGGACCAGAUCUCGGCCUUUCACGAUAAGGCUGGGGAGAUGCUGAGGGCUAACCUUGCCAGCUGGCAGGACCAGUGCAACAGCGCCACCGAGAUACCUGACAGUGUCCUCUCCAUGAUCGAGGGGCUCCGCGUGCCAAUCCCCAUCACGCCGCUGCCCUCGCCCUCCCCCUCGCGACACAGCAUGAACUUGUCGAUGGGUCGUGACUCCAUCAGCGCACCCCCAGCCCCGCCGCUCAAGACUCAGACCAGUCCUCUGGCCAACAUGUUCAACCAGAACAACAUCUCUGCCAGCAACCCUGCCAUCAACGGCAAAAACUUCACAGACCGACACUCAGACCCACACGGCCCCAGCGAGGAGGCCGGCAUGCCCAGGUCCCUCUCGGUGGCCACGGGCCUCAACAGCAUGGUGACCAGGCCCCGCGUGCGCACCGUCUUCCCCCACACGGCCGGCAGCAACGCCACGUUGCUCAGCUUCCAAGAGGGGGAGCUCAUCACGCUGCUAAUCCCAGACGAGAAGGACGGAUGGAUGUACGGCGAGCUGGAGAAGACCAGGCAGAGAGGUUGGUUCCCGUCGUCCUACUGCCGUGUGUACUCUGAGCCCCUCGUGAGUAACAACAGCAUGGGGUCCGCCCCCUUCCGCAGCCGCAGUGUGGUCAACCUGCACCACCAGGACACGGAGACGGACGAGGCGACCAUGGUGCUGCCCCCCACCGACUACCGAGAACAGCGCAGUCGCACCGCAGCUGGCGCCGCAUCAGCAUCAGCAGCAGCGCCAUCCGGUCCGUCCCCCCUAGCCACCGCAGCCACUGCGCCGGUCACCAUGACGACGAUGGCAACGACCGCCACCGCCAACAACAACGGCUAUCGCCAGCGCUACUCUCCCACGCCUUCCACCGUGUCCUCCAUCUCCUCGUCCAAUCAGAGCUCGGCAACCCAGCAGGCCAAUGGAAUUUCCAGACCACCCCCUCCCUUCCUCACGGGGGGGAACCCGUUCGCCACUGUGCGCCUGCGCCCUACCGUCACCAACGACCGCUCAGCUCCCGCCAUCUGACCCUCCCACGUAUCCUAGCAACACCACGAUGACUUCCUGCCCUGUAGCCUCCCGCCUACGGAGUGAGAGUGAGGAAGGGUCUUUCCCUGGGCCCCCUCCCGUCAUCCCACGCUCUGUCUGAUGAGCAAUGACAUGGAAGGAAGCUGAAUAGGGUGUGGGCUUCAUUUCCUCCCUAUGUCCAAAGCCGAGAUGUGACCGUAGAUGAGAAAAACGCCUACCCCCCAUUCAACAUCUCCUCCUAAUGGAUUCUCUACUAGACACUACUGCCUGUAUAUACUUACUAUAAAUCGCUUUGGAUAAAUAAAUAAAAACAUAUUUUUUUAUUAAACACACACGUCAUGCCUUAGAAUUUGGAUGCAGCUUUGAUUGCUAAAAACAUUGCAAACUAAACAGCUGGGAGUUACAUUUUUAUUUAUGGACCAGUUGCACGAAACAUUCUACAUUUUUUCUUACCAUCUUUGUUUCGGGUGGUUUCGACCAAAAAAAGUAAUGGAGAUUAUGAGAUGAUCUGCGAAUAUUUUAAAUGUUUGUUUAUUGUAAUUUAUGCAUUUGGUGUUGCUUCCGUAUCGCUAAAUCAGCUGUUCCAACUGUUAUUGUUGUUUUUGCAUUGCCAUAGGACAGUAGAUGAAUGUAGUAUAUGGGACCUCAGCAUUUCACCAUGUGCUCCUUGAUUAAGCAUUAAGUUUUAAGAAAUUAAAUGAUUAUUGAUUUUUUUUGCGAUUAAGAUCGCAUCCAUGUUAUGGUGCAGGUGUUUGCGUGACUCUGAAAUGAAAAUUCAAACCAGUGAAUGUUAAUUCCUCCCUACGGCUGCUGACAUCUUAUUUCCCAGUUUGAUAAAUCUCGAACAUUGGCCUUAAACUUAACCACUACAUUAAACGAUAACAGUACUCUUGCUCUGGAAGCAAUGAUGUUUUUUCAAUUUGGAUUGAUUAUGAAUGAUGUUUUUCAUGUCCUAAAUGUGUAGGAUGGUGAAUUUAAUCUCAGACCAUUCUACACAGCCCCUGAACAUGCAUUGGGGGAAAAGCUCUAUGAAAAAUAAAUGUUUAUUUCUUCAAAGCGUCCAACCUUUUUUCUUUACGGAAGCAUGAACAAAAAAUGUAUUGAUACAAUUCUGAUUUAUUUUAUUAAUUUGAUCAUGUGUUCACUUCAUCAUUUUAUCAUCAAGAAAUAAGAAAUAAGACAAGACUUGAAUUAUCACUUGAUUUAUUUUCUAUUUAUAUAUACAUAUUCAUAUAUACGUUUUUUAUAAAAAAGUAGUAACAUCAAUUAUGAUGACGUGCAUGGUUGCUUGUUUUUCUGCCACCCCAAGCAAAAGGAAAAACUGCUGCACACAGACAUUCACUGAUUGUCUGAAUCUCACUGAGCAGGUUACUAAGACUGACACGAUGCAUCAUCAAUCAAUCAACAUCCAUCCAUCAGCUCUCAAUGCCUAAUUUCUCUGCAUGUUUGGCCUUGUGUUGUGGGCAAGAGCAGUAUGCACAUAAAAAAGUUUACACAUAGAAUUUGUUCAUCAACCUAAAGAAAAAUAGUCUUGCCAGUAUUAUGAUUGAAGCGGUGUAGUGGCGUUUGUGGUUUUCUUUCAUUUACAUCUACCUGAGCUAUGUAUUGGCUGGACAACCUCAAACUUUAAAUCAUA